AUGGCAACUAUCGGUAGCUCAAUCUUACUCCCAGCAAUGGUGUUUUUCAUGGUAUUUUGGCUUGAAUACGACGUCGUUCAUUCGUAUACGCCGCAGCAUUACAUCGUCGGAGGUGAAGAAGGAUGGGAUCCGGUUAUCACCAUGCAAGGCUGGGCUCAAGGAAAAGAUUUCCAUGCCGGUGACGUUCUAGAGUUUAUAUAUGAUCAAAAAUUUGAUGUUGCAAUAGUGGAUAAAGAGGGGCAUGAUACAUGUACUGUUAGCGAUAAGUCCAUACAAUUCUUUGAUGGGGACGAUAAUAUCACGCUCGCAUUCGGUCCAAAUUAUUUCAUUUGCAGCUUCCCUGAUAUUUGCGCUAUUGGGUUGCAGUUGGCCAUCAACGCUACUGCACCACCACCUUCAUUAUAUUUAUGGGAUGAACAUGAACACAUGCGGCUACUGGUGAAAAGCAAUGCUGCAGAGAAAUUGUUCGGAAACAAUCCGGGUUGUGUUGCAGAGUGCAGUCAGCGCGACAAGAACCCCAAGGAAAAGAACAGUCCAAUGAAGUUUGAAGUUGCUGUAAAUGCCAGCCUUGAUACAGAAAAUGGGAGAUUCGAAAUACUAUCUGUUUCAACCCCUUGUUUAAAAAGUAAUCCUUGGAACGAAUUGAAUGUUUGA